AUGGUAAUUAUAUCUCCAUCUACCAAUAGUCUCGCAAUCCUUUUCCAGCCUUCUGACUGGUUAAUGCACUUACUUCGUUUUGAUUGGCUAAUACCAACGGUGCUUUUAAAGGUUAUUUCUCAAAAGUGCAAAAUCAUCUUUCCUGUCCAUAUUUUAACAACCACAAAAGUGGAAUGCGAUAAGGUGAUGUGUCCUGAAGCAAUCGUUAUCAACAUUCUUCUCCUUAUUACUUCAGGUGCUGCGGAUGCUUCGCAUCAAAAGGAUCUAGUUCAUUCCAAUGAGAAGCAUCUUGAAGGAGUCCCGAUCUUCAUUCAACAACCUGAAAGCUUUUACUAUGCUUGGCGUGGUAAACCUGCAGUGUUUGAAUGCAUCGCAGAACCUGUGUCCCAUGCUGUUGUCUUCUGUGCUGAUAAGACUUUCCCCUAUAUGGGUAAUGAACAUACUAGUGAUCAGCGACUUCAAGUAACUCGGCUGGAUUCUAACGGUAACCUAGAUGCGGAUGGUACUCGCUGGAAGCUCAGUCUCCCAAUUCGAACUAAGGAUCUAGAGGAGUGGUUUGAUACCUACGUCUGUAAUUGCGAAGUUUGGAAUCUUAUUCCCGCCCUGAAGCAGAACAAGAAGGUCUUUAGCAGGAAUGCAACGAUUGUCGAAGCUUAUCUGGAUCGCGAAUUUCAGCAGGGGCCAAUUCCAGAACAACUUAUCAAAGGCCAACGCCUUUUAUUAUCUUGUCAACCACCAAAAGGGGAACCUGCACCAAAGGUCUACUGGUUGAAGAAUGGCAAACGAGUGGAUCGUCAAACGUUUCCCCACAUAGUAAUCGACGAUUACAACCGCUUAAUAAUCGAUCAAGUUGAAUUGCAAGAUGAAGGUAACUACACAUGCGUGGCGGACACUCUGGGAAUUGAACAGCGGUAUUCCACAGCUGAGGUCACCGUACUUCCCUUCAAAAGAGACAGCCAAACGACUUUGAGCAUGACUCCAUGGUCAAUCUGGAAUUCAUGUCGACUGGAUCCGGUUACUGGACGAUGUCAACAGAUUCGUAUGAGAAGCUGCAUGAAUAUGACCAUUGGAGAGGUUAAUUCACCAUCGCCUAUAUCCAAAUUUGAUGAAGGCCCAAUUAAUUGUCCUCAACCUGUCUCAGAAAUUCGGAUCUGUGAUCCACUGGAAUGUAGCGCAGGUGAAAUUCUUGGAGAUCCUAAAGGAACGUCUUCGACCUUGAAUGUCCGGGAAAUUAUGUUCUAUGUUGGGUUGACUGCUGCUUUUACCGUAACACUACUCAUUAUCCUAACUGUGUGCCGUCUAAAUCGGAGGAAACCGUCUCCAUUCAGCAAUUCUCUUUGCCCAAGACAGUUUUCCAGUCGGCAAUUGGACUAUGGAAAGUCGAUGACAGUGCUGAAGAAUAGUCAGCACAGCACCUACGAUCUACCACCACUAUCAAACGGAGUUGGAACUCCAAAAACAAAUGGCACAUCGAUGGGCCUUAUUGAUUAUCCAAUGAACGUUGAAGCGCCAAAUCUUCUAGUUCAAUCACACGUUCAACGAUCUAUGGGCGGAACGGAAACCUACAAUCAGCCUUACAGCUCUGAAACUCAGAUGUUUAAUCCAAUGACACCUAUAUUCUCCAAUGGGUUCACAUUUCAAUCGCCGAAAUUCAAUUACAUGCCAAAGGAUUCAAGUGGGUUGCAAUUCUCUCCAUUAGCAGUUGGAGGAUAUGUAAAUGCACCACCACAAACACCCAUCAUACCUCCCCCUCCUCCUCUUCAUAUGGUACCAUCCAGGUCUAGUGGGUCAUCCUCAGCUGGAGGUCUCCAGACGAGCAAUCAACAACAGCAGCCGAUCUAUUUAAGUCCUUCUUCGACCGCAAACAAUGGCAUGCUUUGUGGUGAAGGUGGUGAAGACAAUUCUUCCGCAUUUUAUCAUGAAAUUGGAACUUCAGCGGAUUCCACUUUCCCUUUGAUACCACCACUACCUGUUUCAGCUGGAGAAACGGGAAGUGCAACCUGGGCAAGCAUUGGUUCGGUAGGAGGCGUCGUCAAUUUAUCAGAGUCUGGGAUCGCUCUUCGUAUCCCACCCGGUGCUAUUCCCGCUGGUGUGUCAAGAGAGGUCUAUCUCGCUUCGUGCAGGGAUGACAAGUACUGGCCAAUCUUGAAUGAACACCAAACCAUGUUGAGUUCAGUAAUACAAGUGGGUCUUCCCGGAGCACCCUUGUCAAAGCCCGUCAUCGUCACCUUUCCACACUGUGCCAAUAUCACCGGCCAGGGUACUUGGUCAUUCAGCAUUCAUUGCUAUUGCAGUUCCGGAUUCGGUUCUCUUUACAAAGAUGCUGAAUCUAAUAAUAUUGAGUGGUCAUGGAAGGAAGUUUCUCGAGUGGGCCAAGAACAGGCUCGUGAUCCAAUCCACUGUCAUCUGAGCGGGAAUCAAGUCCAUUUGAUGACUCAGUAUCCGCUUCGUUUCUGUCUGAUCGGCCAGGUAGCUGCAUUUGCGCCAACUACAACACUGGUUGGACCUGCACGAAUGGGAGUGUCCACCGAUUGCAGUGAAAACCAUAGUGGAAGCAGUAUGGCCACGGAAAUAACAAAUGAUACUUUCACACCACCUCCACUAGCUCCGCCUCUUUCGAAACGAUUGAGACUAAUUGCAUUCGCUGGAAGAUUGACAAUGGCCACGGAUUGCAGUCUUCGAAUCUACGCUGUACUUGAUACCCCUGACGCCAUACGGCAUGUGAAAGACACGGAAGCGAAGUUAGAUGGACAGUUGAUUGGGGGUGGAAAACAGAUGCUCUUCAGAAAUAAUGCUGGUGGCCUAGUCUUCCGUAUUCAAGAACUAUCGCCACACUGGAGGACAAGACUAUCGUGUCAGGAGAUUCCAUUCCGACACAUCUGGAGUGAAAACCGAAACACGCUACUUCAUUGUGCUUUUACUCUGGAACGAGUUGAUGAUGUGGCAUCUGGACUUCACUGCACUAUCGCUUGUCAACAAGAUGGAGUUCAAGGAACACAGCAGCUUUUGCGUUUGAAUAUUAACAACGGUAGCCCUGAGGGUCAGCAUUUGAUAACCAGCCAAAUCGGGAAUUCUUCCUACUGUGAACAGACUGAUUUUCGGCUACAAUCGUACUUGGUUUCCCAACUAUGUAGUAUGCUUGAUCCAAUUGUUCCACUAGGCAAUGACUGGAGACAACUUGCUCAAUGCCUCAAUAUGGAAAGAUUCCUGCCCUACUUCGCAUCAACUCAACGACCGACAGAGAUGGUUCUAAAUCUCUGGGAGGCUACUACCAGUACAAAAGGAUCUCAGGCCAAUCAGGAAUUGAUAUCAAUCCUACAAGCUAUGCAUCGGUUAGACUGCGCCAAUUUGAUACGAUCACAAACUCCCGGCUCAAGAGGGGAUCACAAACAGCAUUUGCCAGCCAAUUUUCUUUUCACCUUCUAUCUCAAGUGUGUACAUAUUCGUUCGCCCGCUCUUUUGCAUACAAGCCGCCGACAUCCAGUGUAG